UUGUUUUCUUUGAUAGGGCCACUUAGGUCCUGGAACACAAAUGUCGUGUCAAGUGGAAUUUGUUCCAACGGAAUGGAGAUAUUACUAUGAUUGCAUCAGAAUUCAUUGUCUGGAAGAGGAGAACGUGAUUGUGCCCAUCCAUGCUUAUCCAGUGAUGAAGAAUGAUUCUUUACCAGAAAGCUACACAUUCCCUCCAACCCCCAUUGGUGAACAGCAAGAAAAAACAUUUAAUCUGUCUUCAGGUGUCCCAGUUGAUUUUGAAUUCAGGUUAGAUUAUCUGCAAUCUAAUCCAGCUUUCACAGUUUCACCAAUGGAAGGAAUUAUUCCUGGAAACGAAAAAGUGACAUUCACAGUGACAUUUGCACCAAUCAGAUUUGAAACAUCCGUAAUAAAACUGCAGUUAAGCAUUUCCCAGUUCAAUUUCAAACCACAGUUCUGCACCCUGUACGGCUCUUCAGUACCUGGACUUGAAAUGAAAUACAAUACAAUGGCUACCGGUUUCCUGCUCAAAUGGACACUGUUCAUGCUGUUUCGAAAGUGCUUAACCAAAAACCUAAUAAGUUACGCACCAAGGAUUUAAAAAACAUUUUGUGGAAAGGAAAACAGAAUGAUAGUGAGUCAAGGCAGGUUAAGACAGUUACCUUUGAGAACUCCAUACAACAGCUGAUCAAAGAAGAACGGCAAAACCAACUGCGUUGGCAGAAGAAGGUUGGUGACGAUGCCAUGAGUGCAGAAUCAAAGAUCAUUGAACAGGAAUAUUGGAAACAGC